CUGACAUGUCACUCUAUCUAUAACUGUGUUUACAUAUCGAUUUUACGUAUUACACAGAUUUUACAACAAUAAUCACACAAAAUCCGUUCUAAAUGCGGUAGCCGGCUCAAAAUGUUGAAAAGCUUGAAGCAGGAAAGUGCGGAGGAGCUGCUAGCUUGCCGCAUAUGUCUCGCGACGGACACUCAUUUGUAUGGGAUUUUGGAGCACCGAUUGGAAAAUGCUUUCAUUGAUAUUACAGGCACUACCCUGUCGGCAUGGGACGGCUACCCGCAGCACAUCUGCGUGGCGUGCCGCGCGCUGCUGCGCCGCGCGAGCGACCUGCGCGCCCGCUCCCGCCGCGCGCAGCGGGCACUCAAGAGGAUCCUCAUGCUACAACAUACUAUAACGACAGACUACAUUCGUACAGUGGACCGUAUAGCUGAGGGCCUAAGUCUGCCUCUCUCCAUCUCUGUCUGUCCUGAGCCUGUACUCUUCCAACAUGAUGACAACGACGAUCUUAUAAAAGAGGAGAUCCCCCUUCUCUCCCCCUCCCCGCUCCCGUCCCUCCCCUCCCUCCCCUCCCCCAAAGACAUCAUAGUGAAGGACGAGCUGGCUUGCGAGUACGAGUCCAACGACGACGUCGCUCUCAGCGAGCUGCAGGAGAGACCCGGGGAGCACAAGGGGAAGAGGAAAAAGGUUAUGAGGAAGUCGAAGGUUAGUCGUCUCUCUCUGGUCGUCUAUAUGAAGGACGAGCUGGCUUGCGAGUACGAGUCCAACGACGACGUCGCUCUCAGCGAGCUGCAGGAGAGACCCGGGGAGCACAAGGGGAAGAGGAAAAAGGUUAUGAGGAAGUCGAAGGUUAGUCGUCUCUCUCUGGUCGUCUACAUGAAGGACGAGCUGGCUUGCGAGUACGAGUCCAACGACGACGUCGCUCUCAGCGAGCUGCAGGAGAGACCCGGGGAGCACAAGGGGAAGAGGAAAAAGGUUAUGAGGAAAUCGAAGGUGAGUCGUCUCUCUCUGGUCGUCUAUAUGAAGGACGAGCUGGCUUGCGAGUACGAGUCCAACGACGACGUCGCUCUCAGCGAGCUGCAGGAGAGACCCGGGGAGCACAAGGGGAAGAGGAAAAAGGUUAUGAGGAAAUCGAAGGUGAGUCGUCUCUCUCUGGUCGUCUAUAUGAAGGACGAGCUGGCUUGCGAGUACGAGUCCAACGAUGACGUCGCUCUCAGCGAGCUGCAGGAGAGACCCGGGGAGCACAAGGGGAAGAGGAAAAAGGUUAUGAGGAAAUCGAAGACGAAAAAAACAAAGUCUGAGAAAGUGAAGAGCAGAGAACGGAAAAAGACUGAGAAGAUUCGGGAUGAAGACUUCCCCGCGUUCGAGAAGGAAUACAACUUCGAUGUCGUCAUACUGUCCAGGGAACAACAGAUUGAAGACAUGGCGUCGCGGAAAGAGAAGGACAACUACAUGAACUCUCAGUUCAAAUGCGAGAAAUGUUUCAAGGGGUUCUACACCGAGGCGACACUCGCCAACCACGACUCCAAACAUCACGACGAGACUGUGGGUCCGCACUCGUGCGAGCUCUGCCUGUGCCGGUUCCGUAUCCCCGCCAUCCUGCGGCGCCACCUCGCCACGCACCGGCUACGGUUCGUGUGCCAGCACUGCGGCUUCACCGCCAGGGACAGGUAUUGUUACUAA